GCAGUUGUUCGACGGUCUUCAAACGGUAAAUAACAACUUCAGCGGUUUGGGAAUAUUUAUAAAACAUCAUACAAAAAAGUUUUUAAAAAGAGCUAGAUCUAGACACCUGUUUGUUAUAAAAAAUACAGAAAAAAAACUAAACAAAAUCUUAUCAAAAGGAGAUUAAUUUUAGCCGGCGUCUAGUUAGUAGGCAACAGUGUGUAGUGUGUGAAGACAAUAUGAAUCCAGCCAACGCUGAUACUCCACCCGUAAUAAGGCCAUUGACGCCCGCUCUUCAGGAAGUGGCUAUAAGAGAGUUGAAUGAGAAUCCCAAACAAUUGGCCGAUGAUGUUUUAAGAUUAAGACAAUGGAUUUUAAGUCAGCCCCAUUUGAAGGCCCGAACAAAUGAUCAAUUUUUAUUGGCCUUUUUGAGAGGAACAAAAUUUAGUCUGGAGAGAGCUAAACAGAAAAUUGAUCGUUAUUAUACCUUAAAGGGAGCCAUACCGGAGGUCUUUAAUGAUAAGAGAGUAGUAGAUGAUCCACAAGUUUUAGAAAUAUUAAGAAUGGGCAUAAUCCUACAAGUACCUAUACCCAAAGAUGAGGGUAGACCUUGUGUUACGAUAAUUAGAGCUACAGCGUAUGAUACGAGUAAAUAUAAGUUUGAGGAUAUUAUAAGAGUGGGUUCUAUGUUUGGUGAAAUCAUGAUGAUAGAAGAUGAUAAUUCUACGGUUUGUGGUUAUAUGGAAAUUAUGGAUAUGGUAGAUGUAGCGGGUACACAUCUGUUUAAUUUACAACCCGAUUUAUUGAAAAAGUUUUCAGUAUUUGCCGAUGAGGCUAUGCCCAUGCGUCAAAAAGGUACUUGUUUUAUAAAUGUACCAGGACCAUUUGAAAAGGGUUUCAAUACUCUAAAGGGAUUCUUUCCGGAAAAAAUGAAAAACCGGAUUUCAGUUUGUUCCACAGCCGAUAUUAUAUACGAUCACGUGCCCCGUGAGUAUUUACCGGAAGAAUAUGGCGGCACUAAUGGCACUAUGCAGGAUAUAAUCGAUCGUAUGGAAGCGAAAUUAAUGAAAUAUCGCGAUUACUUUUUGGAUGAACCCAAUUAUGGUACAGAGGAAAAAUUACGAGAGGAUGGCUUACCAUUUGAUUAUGAAAGUUAUUUUGGUAUAGAGGGUUCUUUUAAACAAUUGGACAUCGAUUAAUUGGUUGCUCUACUUCUACUUCUUUACUAAACAAAAAUUGCUCGUUUCAUUGUUAUACUUACUACUACUACCACUACUUCUUCUUCAUAUAUUUAGUUUAACUAAUUCCUAUAUGUUAUUUACUUAUUUACCUAAUUGUUGUUUUAUUUUUAUUUGCAGUUUUAAUAACUCCUCAUAGCAAAAUUUAUCUAAGAUAUAAAAUAUAUAUGGAUUGAGCGUAAAAGAAGAUCAUGGUUGCAGUCAUUUUUUGGUUUAUUUUAAUAAUAAAAUUGUGAAAUGAAGUGGAAAA